AUGGGCCGCGCACCCAUCACGGCUCCCAUACAUUCAUGGCUCACGUCUCCCGCACGAUCGCACCCUAAUGCGGCGCAGGCCAAAGAGCUGCCCCUUCAUCUAAUCCAGCUCAUCCUCUCCCACCUCGACAAUGUUGGCGAUCUUGCGCGCGUUACGCGUACUUCGCGCCUCUUCUACUACAUGACCCUCCCGCGUCUCUACGAGCACGUCACACUGUGCUCCUACUCGGAAAUCCGCUAUCAGGAUGGCCGACCCGAGGGCUACGGCGGAGGCAGCCCGUUUGUCAUGGGCCUCAACACGCUGGUGUCGCGCUCCUUUACCGACUACAUCCAGAAAUUCAGAGUCAUAGGCGACUGGCGAGAACAUGAUGUGGACGAUUACAAGCAAGGCCGCGUGCCGGACAACAGUAUGGUGCUGCAGGUGGUCAUGCGCGCUGCGCUAGACAAGAUGAAGAACCUCACAGCCUUUGCCUGGGAAUUGAACACACCGCCACUGCACACGGUGUACCAAGGUCUAGUAAACAAGCAGCCCGGGCUGACUUCGCUCACAAUCCGCUGUCAAACGAGACGAAUACCGCGGCCUACCACCAUCAUACCACCCCUGCCGAAUCUAGUAACCUUGGUCGUCUAUGACAUCGACCCCCUAUGCUACCCGGAUGACAUAUCAUUGCUGGUCGUAGGAUCCAAGAAGCUGGAGAAUCUGAAGUUGCACUGGAAUCCGCGCAUGCGAGGCAGUGGCGAGGAGUCUGUCAAUUUGAUGUCAGUAUUUGGCCGCUGCGUUGCUACCAAGCAUGCCGUACGGCUAAAGCGAAUGGCCUUCUACAAUCUCUACACGCGCUUCGCUGAUGACGGCAUUGCGGACGCUGUGGACGUCACUACCCAAACCGAGCUCACCAUCAUGAACUCGAUGAAUUCGUCCAAUCCCAUGACCAUCUUCGUUGAUGAUGGCUGGAGGCAUCGAAAAAUACAACCGAUACCACAGAACCUCAAGAUGUUAUGCACAGACCAUGUGGACAAGAAAGGCGCCGCCCUACUGGCUAACUUCAAGGGGCUGGAACGUUUCUACAUUGUAAGCGAUAGGUCAGGGAAAGAGGCCUCGAAGACUAGUAGCAAUGCUGCAACGCCUACAACGCCCUCCACAGCAACACCCGGAAUGACCAACGGAACUACAAGCGGUGUUGGCACACCUAUCAUUACUGAACACGAGUGUCGCAGCGUUGGGAGCGAUUAUAUCGCCGUCCUCCAAUCGAACCAUCGCACGAUGCGACACCUAUUACUUUCAGACAGGUGGCAACUCUCUGACGACGCCCUCUUCAAAGUCUGCCAGUCUUGUCCGGACCUGGAACAACUUGGCUUCUCUUGCUUAGUCCCACCCCUCGAGUCGGUGCGCCAGGUCAUCUCCAUGGUACCUAAACUUUUCGCUAUUCGCAUGCUCAUCCGCCCGCACUCUGAUUUUGCGGACAAGAUCGAGUCCAUGGAUGAUGACAUGCAUGCUUUCGCCAUCGCAACGGAGUUCUGGAGGCCAGAAUACAAGAAUUUAAAAUACGUAGGGUUAGGCGAUAGGCUUGUGUAUAAGCUAGGGGGCGUAUGGUUUCCGCCCAAGGGGAAAGAUAAGAUACACGAGGGACAUGAGAACAGCAUGAAUGCGAGAAGAGCAGGACCAAUACGGAAAUUGGAGAAAGUGAGCCGCGAGAGCGUAAAGCAUAUUGAGAUUUGGGGCAUGGACAGUAUGGAGUUUGAUCCCAGUUUUCCUUGA